GGAGUAAAGAAGCAGCAGGAAUAUUAACCUACUAGUGGUUUUACUCUCCAAAGACCCAACUGAUUCUCAGAAUGCACAAGUGUGUCGGCGGAGUUUGUGUGUCUCUAAUUGUGUGCGCGUUUCUUACGGAAACACUCGGAAUGGUGAUUGCGGCCAAAGAGAAGAGAGGAUGGACCCUCAACAGUGCUGGGUAUCUCCUCGGUCCUCGUCGUAUUGAUCACCUUAUACAGAUUAAGGAUUCUCCCAGUGCAAGGGGGAGAGAAGAUCUGCUUGGUCAAUAUGCCAUAGACAGCCACAGGAGCCUUAGCGACAAGCACGGACUGGCAGGGAAGAGAGAAAUGCCCAUAGAGGAAGAUUUCAAGACAGCAGCUCUGAGGAUAUCAGAUGAGGAUGUUGUCCAUACUAUCAUAGACUUUCUUUCUUACCUCAAAUUAAAAGAAAUUGGAGCCCUCGACAGUCUGCCUUCCUCUCUCAUGUCAGAGGAAAUAAGUCAACCCUAAUUUUGACCGAAUCCAGCAUUGACACACCGUGACCUCCACCGCGCCCGGCUGAAAUCGCUCUGAGGCUGUAUUAACGUUCAAAGCCUUCUCCACCACGCUAACCUGUCAAUAUUACCACGUAACUUUAAUCUGUCAGAAUCACUUGACGGCUGAUGUGGAGAUGGAUUCAAAAAAUAAAACUCAUAAAUGGCAUUCGACUCACCUUAUUGUCGGUCUUAUUAUCUUUUAUUUUAUAUUCAUAGAAAAGGCAAUAUCCAUGACAGACUAUUACUUUUUUAUUUUCAAAGUAUAAACACACCCAUGUAACCUUUCAUAACAAUUCAAUUCUCCUAAGACCUAAGGUUACUUCACUAUUUUACUUCUUACAUACAGGUGGAAACAUGAAUAAUUUAUACUGCAGGCUGUUCUUCCGGUCUUAGCUUCUCAGCGGUCAUCUGGCACUCGGACAAUAUG